CUGGACGGGUCGAGGUUUCCUCGGCUGCCUCAUCCCCUUUAGACCAGUCAUCAUGCCUAUCCGUGCGCUGUGCACCAUCUGCUCCGACUUCUUCGACCACUCUCGAGAUGUGGCCGCCAUCCACUGCGGCCACACCUUCCACCUGCAGUGCCUAAUUCAGUGGUUUGAGACAGCACCAAGUCGGACCUGCCCCCAGUGCCGGAUCCAGGUUGGCAGAAGAACCGUUAUCAAUAAGCUCUUCUUUGACCUUGCCCAAGAGGAGGAGAGUGUCUUAGAUGCAGAAUUCUUAAAGAAUGAACUGGAUAAUACGAGAGCCCAGCUUUCCCAGAAAGAGAAGGAGAAAAGGGACAGCCAGGUCAUCAUUGACACCCUGCGGGACACGCUGGAAGAGCGCAACGCCACUGUGGAAUCUCUGCAGAAGGCCUUAGACAAGGCCGAAAUGCUGUGCUCCACCCUCAAGAAGCAGAUGAAGUACUUGGAGCAGCAGCAGGAUGAGAGCAAACAAGCCCAGGAGGAGGCGCGCCGACUCAGGAGCAAGAUGAAAACCAUGGAGCGGAUCGAGCUCCUGCUCCAGAGCCAGCGGCCCGAGGUGGAGGAGAUGAUCCGAGACAUGGGUGUGGGGCAGUCCGCGGUGGAGCAGCUGACCGUGUACUGCGUGUCCCUCAAGAAAGAGUAUGAGAAUCUAAAAGAGGCACGGAAGGCUUCAGGGGAGCUGGCGGACAGACUGAAGAAGGACUUGUUUUCUUCCAAAAGCAAGUUGCAGACAGUCUACUCUGAACUAGACCAGACCAAGUUGGAGCUGAAGUCGGCCCAGAAGGAUUUACAGAGUGCUGACAAGGAGAUUGUGAGCCUGAAAAAAAAGCUAACGAUGCUGCAGGAAACCCUGAACCUGCCACCCGUGGACAGUGAGACUGUCAACCGCCUGGUUUUAGAGAGCCCAGCCCCCAUGGAGAUGCUGAGCCUGAAGCUUCGCCGACCAGCCUUUGGUGAUGACAUUGACCUCAACGCCACCUUUGAUGUCGACACACCUCCAUCCCAGCCCUCCAGCAUCCAUCAUGACCGUGCCAAGAAGCUCUGCCAAGAGAUAGCACACUCUCCCGUUCAGGACAUCCCCAAGAAGAUGCCCAAAGGCCCUAAGCAGGAGUCCCAGCUCUCACUGGGCGGCCAGCACUGUGUGGGAGAGCCAGAUGAGGAGCUAGCUAGUGCCUUUCCUGUCUUCAUCCGGAAUGCCGUCCUAGGCCAGAAACAGCCCAAGAGGGCCAAGGCAGAGCCCUGUCGCAGCAGAGAUACAGUAAGGACAGGCUUCGAUGGGCUUGGAGGUCGGACAAAAUUCAUCCAACCUACUGACACGACGAUGAUCCGCCCACUGCCUGUGAAACCCAAGCCCAAGACUAAGCAGAGAGUGGGGGUGAAGAAAGCGCUCCCUCCCUCCCAGGCCAAGCUGGACACCUUCCUGUGGUAGUGAGAAUAGUGAGCCGGAUCAAUGGCCAGAUACAUGCC